CUAUCUCCACAAGAACAGCUGAAAUCAUCAUCUGUUAGUUAAUCCAGUAUUAUCUGUUUCAAAAUCAAGGAACCCAUUUAUCUUCCAUGGCCGAAUCAAAACCAGACUCUUCAGAAGCUAAUGAAGAACAACAACAAGGUAUACACGCUCUCAAUUUGCUUGGAAUAGCCAGGGAAGGGAUUGAAGCACUUUUGCAGGAAGAUAAAUCAUCAUCAUCAUCAUCCAAAACUGAUAUUAUUGAUGAUGUGAAGGCUCCAAACUUAUUCGAAAGAGCCAAGGAGGAGAUAGAUGCAAUUGUUCAUACCAUUCAAACCAAUGAUAAUCAAUUGGAGGCUACAAGAUCAUAUUCAGAGGCAGAUUCAAAGGCAGAUUCUGUGUUAAUGGGUAAUGGAUUGAUUGAUUGAUUGAUUAAAUAUUGCUGAAAUGGGAUUUUUGAAUUAGUAGUUAAUUGAAAAGUUGAAUUAUUAAU